GGGGCGGGCUCUGAGAGACGUGGCUGAACGCGCGCGGGGGGCCGGGGAAGCUGGGAGGGGGGGGUCAAGGAGCAAACCCGGCACAAGAUGGCGGCGGUGGCGGUAGCGGGACUGGCACCGGCGGCGCGUAGGAGGCGGUCACGGACAGGUCUUUUGCUGGUUUGUCUAGGUCUCUGCCUGGGAUUUACCCUUGCUGUGGAUCGAAGCAAUUUUAAGACCUGUGAAGAGAGUUCUUUCUGCAAGCGGCAGCGAAGCGUACGGCCAGGCAACUCUCCAUACCGAGCCUUGUUGGAUUCUCUGCAGAUUGGACCUGAUGCCCUCACAGUCCAUAUAAUCAACGAUGUCACCAAGGUGUUGCUGGUGCUGGAGCUCCAGGGGCUUCAGAAGAACAUGACUCGGAUGAGGAUUGACGAGCUGGAGCCUCGGAGACCCCGGUACCGAGUACCAGAUGUGUUGGUGGCUGACCCUCCCACAGCUCGGCUCUCUGUCUCAGGGCGUGACGACAACAGUGUGGAGCUAACUGUGGCUGAGGGACCGUAUAAAAUCAUCUUGACAGCACGGCCGUUCCGCCUUGACCUGCUUGAAGACCGCAGCCUUCUGCUAAGUGUCAAUGCCCGAGGACUCUUGCAUUUUGAGCACCAGAGAACCCCUAGGGUCUCUUUCUCGGAUAAAGUUAGUGUCACGCUCGGUAGCAUAUGGGAUAAGAUCAAGAACCUUUUGUUUAGGCAAGGAUCAAAAGACCCAGCUGAGGGCGAUGGGGCCCAGCCUGAAGAAACACCUGGGGAUGGUGGAAAGCCAGAAGAAAUCCAGUCAGAGAAAGAUGAGCCCGGAGCCUGGGAAGAGACAUUCAAAACUCACUCUGACAGCAAGCCUUAUGGCCCCACGUCUGUUGGUUUGGACUUCUCUCUGCCGGGAAUGGAACAUGUAUAUGGCAUCCCUGAGCAUGCAGACAGCUUCCGGCUAAAGGUCACGGAGGGCGCAGACCCGUAUCGCCUCUACAAUUUAGACGUGUUCCAGUACGAGCUGCACAACUUCAUGGCCCUGUAUGGAUCUGUGCCCGUGCUCCUGGCACAUAGUGCUCAUCGGGACUUGGGCAUCUUCUGGCUCAAUGCUGCCGAGACCUGGGUCGACAUAUCCUCCAACACUGCAGGGAAGACCCUGUUUGGGAAGAUGCUAGACUACCUCCAGGGCUCUGGGGAGACCCCACAAACAGAUGUUCGCUGGAUGUCAGAGAGUGGCAUUGUGGAUGUCUUCCUGAUGCUUGGGCCCUCCGUUUCUGAUGUCUUCCGACAGUAUGCUAGUCUCACAGGAACCCAGGCAUUUCCCCCACUCUUCUCGCUCGGCUACCACCAGAGCCGCUGGAACUACCGGGACGAAGCAGAUGUGCUGGAAGUCAACCAGGGUUUUGAUGACCACAACAUGCCCUGUGAUGUCAUUUGGCUGGACAUCGAGCAUGCAGAUGGCAAGCGGUACUUCACCUGGGACCCCAGUCGCUUUCCCCACCCCCUCAACAUGCUCGAUCAGUUGGCCUCCAAGAGGCGAAAGCUGGUGACGAUUGUGGACCCCCACAUCAAGGUGGACUCUGGCUAUCGUGUACACGAAGAGUUGCGGAACCUGGGUCUGUAUGUGAAAACCCGGGAUGGUUCUGACUACGAGGGCUGGUGCUGGCCAGGUGCAGCUGGUUACCCAGACUUUACCAAUCCCCAGAUGAGGGCCUGGUGGGCCAACAUGUUCAGCUUUGAUAACUAUGAGGGUUCCAAUUCCAAUCUGCAUGUCUGGAAUGACAUGAACGAACCCUCUGUGUUCAAUGGUCCUGAGGUCACCAUGCUCAAGGAUGCCCGGCAUUACGGGGGCUGGGAGCACCGAGACGUGCACAACAUCUAUGGUCUCUAUGUGCAAAUGGCAACUGCUGACGGGCUGGUGAAACGCUCCGGGGGCAAAGAACGCCCGUUUGUUCUGAGCAGGGCUUUCUUUGCAGGCUCCCAACGCUAUGGAGCCGUGUGGACAGGGGACAACACUGCUGAAUGGGACCAUUUGAAGAUCACUAUCCCUAUGUGUCUUAGCUUGGCACUGGUGGGAUUGUCCUUCUGUGGGGCGGAUGUGGGUGGCUUCUUCAAAAAUCCAGAGCCAGAGCUACUUGUGCGCUGGUACCAGAUGGGUGCCUACCAGCCAUUCUUCAGGGCACACGCCCACAUUGACACUGGGCGUCGAGAGCCAUGGCUGUUAUCAUCUCAGUACAGAGAUGCCAUCCGAGAUGCCUUGGGCCAGCGAUAUUCCUUGCUACCCUUCUGGUACACCCUCUUCUACCAAGCACAUCGUGAAGGGAUUCCUGUCAUGAGACCGCUGUGGAUGCUUUAUCCUCAAGAUGUGACUACCUUCAGUAUUGAUGAUCAGUUCCUACUUGGGGAUGCAUUGCUGGUUCACCCUGUGUCAGACUCCGGGGCUCAUGGUGUGCAGGUCUAUCUGCCUGGCCAAGGGGAGGUAUGGUAUGAGGCUCAGAGCUACCAGAAGUAUCAUGGUCCCCAGACCUUGUACCUGCCUGUAACUUUGAGCAGUAUCCCCGUGUUCCAGCGUGGAGGGACGAUAGUGCCUCGGUGGAUGCGUGUGCGGCGCUCUUCAGACUGUAUGAAGGACGACCCCAUCACACUUUUUGUCGCACUCAGUCCCCAGGGAACUGCCCAAGGAGAGCUCUUCAUAGAUGAUGGGCACACAUUCAACUAUGACACGCACCACAGCUUCCUGCUGCGUCGCUUCUCCUUCUCUGGCAACACUCUGGUCUCCAGCUCAGCAGACCCCACAGGCCACUUUGAGACACCUAUCUGGAUUGAAAGAAUUGUGAUAAUGGGGGCUGGAAAGCCAGCAGCAGUGGUGCUCCAGACAGAAGGAUCUCCUGAAAGCCGCCUGUCCUUCCAGCAUGACCCUGAGACCUCCGUGUUGAUUCUGCGCAAGCCUGGCGUCAACGUGGCAUCUGACUGGAAUAUUCACCUGCGAUAACGCAAAGGAUGUUGGGUUGGGAGGACAUGAGGGUGAUGAGCAUUAUUCUUCCUUCUGCCUUGGAAUUUGACCCUCCCCAAACUUCUUCACCUUUUCUUAUCUCAAGACCCAGAGAUUCUGCCAACAUGUGGGCAGGAUGAGAGAACUGUCCUUGGGUUCUGAAUUCCUUUUGUGAUCUCUUGACUUCCCCUGCCCAGCUGACACCAAGUCUUUCGCUCCCUCCCCAGCACUCUUGCUCUAACUGGAGUAUAUUCACACGUGAAGACUUGGGGACCAUCGGGUCCUUACUUUCCCUUUGGGGAGUCCUGAAUCUCCUCCAGACGCUACCAGUGCCGCUUACGAGUUAAAGCCAUUUUUCUGGAAGACAAUGGAGAACAACAAGCUUCUCUCCCCCCCCACCCCCGCCUUUCAGGGCUCCUUUUCUCCUUCCUCUGCUUAGCUUUAACACACCAAAUUGCUGUUCCUCUCUUUGUUUCUUCACCUGGCUCUUCUCUGUCAACCCCUUAUCCUCCCUUUUUUAUGCUCUAUCGAUACACUGGGACUGCUCCUUUCUUAAUAAGGGAUGAAGGGAUCCAAGGAGUGAGGUUGCUGGGGACAUGCUCCCCCUCUGCCCACUUAACCCCACUCCUAGAGCUGCUGCAGUUUUGACAGGGACAGUUCUACCUUCCCUGUCCCUUAGGGGAAAGAAGUUUUCACUCCUCCUAAUAGGGGGCAUGAAGUCAACUUCUUUUGAUCCCCUUUUUUGUACCUUUGAGGAGGGGUAUUCAAGAUGGUGAAAUCAGUUCUGGUUUCUUCAGGAAUCACGGUCACCUGUAUUUAUUGCUGGGAGAAGACAGGGUGAGGGAGAUGAUCAUGUGCUCCCAGGGUUGGCCUGACGCCCAGGGUGGGGGGUGGGGGGUGGGGGAGGACUAACCAGGGAAGGGGGAAAUGUUUGUGGGAAUUUUUUUUUUUACUUCCUCUUAGCCCCCAGAUGUGACAAGUUUUGAUAAAAGAAGAAAAAAAAAUAAAAGAUAAACCAUAAAUAA